AUGAGCUCUGCACCGAGCGGGCGCAGGAAGCGUCCCCGCUCCGCCGCCUCCAUCUUCCAAGGAAGCAAGACCACGCCGCAUAGCCUCGAGAGUGAACGCCGGGGCAGCGGAUGCGAGAGCGCCUACCAGACCCAGAGAGCCCAGGAUGACUGCAAGAUGCUUGUCCAGGAGUUCAAUACCCAGGUGGCUCUAUACCGGGAGCUGGUCAUUUCUAUUGGGCAUGUCUCAGUCACCUGUCCAUCUCUGCAUAUUGAAAUGCACAAAACUAGAAUCCGAGGAUGCGAGGUGGCCUAUCGGGCUCAUCAAAAACUAGCAGCAAUUUCUGGCCCAGAAGAUGGUGAAAUUCAUCCUGAAAUCUGUAGAUUAUACAUCCAGUUGCAGUGUUGCUUAGAAAUGUACACAACAGAAAUGCUUAAGUCCAUAUGUCUGCUAGGAUCGCUGCAGUUUCAUCAGAAAGGAAAAGAGCCUUGUGCCCCACCCAAGAUCCUAGAUACUAAAGUGGAGGAGAGUUCCAAAGUACCUAUUUUAGAAGACACAUCAUCAUCAUCACCAACCGAUAUUCAACAGCAUUUUUGGCAGGUUUCUACAGAUAUUGAAAACACUGAAAGAGAUAUGAGAGAAAUGAAAAACCUUUUAAGUAAACUCAGGGAGACUAUGCCUUUACCACUGAAAAAUCAAGAUGACAGCAGCCUCCUAAAUUUGACUCCUUACCCAUUAGUGAGAAGACAGAAGCGAAGAUUCUUUGGACUGUGUUGUCUUGUCUCAAGUUAG